CUUGUUCCCAUGCUUGGUUGAGUUGCACUGAUGCAGCAAUGCUUUAGCAGAUGUUUGGGCUCACCGCCGCACGGCCUGCAGAUCUCGUUGAACACCUACAUGGGCCGCGUCCAAGAUGUCAUCAGCUACAGAGGCUUUCGCCGGGAGAGGAGUCAGGAAGGCACCCCUCGCUUCGUGCGCCGAGAUUCAGUGAAGAGCACCCACACGGAGGGCGAUCUAGCGAUCGAUGUGAGGAGUACUCACACCGAGGCCAUGGACUCUUGUAAGUCUAUGCCCUUGGGCCCUUUGAAGGAAGAGGAAGAGGUCAAGCUGCGAGGCGAAGCGGUGGUCGAGGGGAGAAGCGACCACUCAGCCUGCUCCAGCCAUCCUAGCUCCACGGAACGCGGCAGUGAGUCCGCGCUACCACCCAAUCCUCCCGGCACACCACGGUCCCUGUGGAAGGUGCCCACAGAUGCCCGCGUUCGAGAGGAUUGGGAAUCCGUCUCCGAAUCCGAAGGAUCAAUUGGGGUGCCGCAGCCGCGCAGGGCCUCCCAUCAUGAGAUGCUGGGAGGCAUCUGAGGCAAUGACUACCAGUGAACCUGCGUUUUCUCAGGCAGCUGCCUUGCUCAAAGAAGCAUCCUCUUAGCAGUCUGGCACUUCAAGAAAUGACCGGG